UGCAGAAAAGCCUGCACUGAUAUUGGCAGGCUUUCAAAGAGAAGAAAACUUUUUCAGCCACUUCUCAAAGCAGCAUUCUUGCAUUGCAUUGCAGUGUUUAAUUGGAGUGACACAGGGGAAUUAGGAAUAAGCUUGUUACAACACCAGUGUCCUCUUCAGACAAGCUGGCACGGCAGGCUGAGAUAAGAACCAGUGCCACAGGCAUUGUGGGUCGUGUUGUUCAUUAUAAAUGUACAGCUGCAUAGACUUAAGCCAUUAGUCCUCCCAACAGAACCAUGACGAACCAAAUUCCAGAAGUUCACGUUUAUGGGAUUCCACAUGGUCCUGUUUCCCAGAGUGCCUUGCAGGGGCUUUUCAGGAAUGCCACAUCUUUCUCACUGCUCAAGCUUCUUUAUUGUGUAAAGACACAACAGCUGUAAACUGGUCAACAAAAAAAGGACAAAAAAGUUUUCUCUACAUGAUGUGAAUGCCUCAGCUUACAAAACCACACUAAGUGCACAGAAUGGCAGAAAUGGUAAAUGCACAUGAGUACUGAGGGACGUUACCACCGGUAUGUUUGCCUUUUAUUUUAUAUAUUUAAAUGUUCACUAUCAGUGUAAUGCAGUAAACACUGAUUCCAGGUGAUAUUCUUUUGACAGCAUCCUUUAUUUGGGUAAAGGAGACCAGAUAAUGUAAUAUGGAUUUCUUCCAAACACUGAAUAGACAUAAUCAGUAGACAUUCUGGCAACGUUUUAUGGCAAAGUACUGAAACUGCAAAGCUGGCACAAUUGUACCAUUGGGCUAUCUGAUAUAGAUAUAUCACAAUUCUUGCAGACAAAUGAUAUUUAUCAUAAUAUUUAUGAUUUGUUAAUAAAGUAGCAACAAAACAGUAGUACCACAAUUAAUAAACCAAGGGAAAAUGAUAUCAUAUUCUUAUUUAAUUUUUCAUCAACAUCAUAUUGUCAAAUAUUGGCCAGCCCUAAUUGUAGACAAACAGUCUACAGUCAACUGACUGUUCAAGCCUGUCCUGGCCAUAAAUACACAAUGAGUCAGACGGCGUCUUGCUUAAAGCAGUUUGAUAUGCAAGUUCCCAUUUAGGCAUUUCUCUCAUCUCUCCAUGGACUUACAUUAGAGCUACUGUGUAAUUGGUUGCUUCUUCACAAAGCAGGGAGGGAGAGAGGAUGGAAAAGAGGGCAAAAGAGAUCUGGAGAGAAUAGACAGAUAUAAGACCAAGGAAGGAAAAUGAUCCUGAGUAAAGCUAGGUCAGAGAGGCAAGGGCAGUCAUCCAUGAAGAGAGCAUCCUGAUCCUGCAGCAUCCCCAAUCACAAACACACACAGACUGCAUACCCUCAGUGAGCAUGGUUUUGCUGUGUAAUUCUGGGUCAACAAAACAUAUAAACUCUUAAGUGGUACACCGCAAGCCCUGGUGAUUCAGACUUAGCAUCAACAAUGGCACAGACAUUUUAGGACAAAAGUUUUAAUGGGCUAGUCAUCACUAGUUACCAGGUGAGCUAGUAGAAAUUUUGUACAUUUUUUUCCCCCUGGCUGCUCAGGGCUCUUGGAACCAUCUCUGCCUUAUGUCAAUGGUAAUGGCAUAAACCUAUAUUGAGCAGACGUUACCUAGGUCAUGCAUCAUGAUAAUUAUUUUACCCAGUAUUAAAUCAUGUGAUCAUGAUGGUAACUAUGUCCAAUUUUAGUAUAUACCGUACAGUGCCUUGCAUAAGUAUUCACCCCCUUGGACUUUUCUGCAUUUUAUAGUAUUACAACCUGGAAUUGAAAUGGAUGUAAUUGGGAUUAAUUUCAUGAAUCUACACAAAAUAUCAAGUGGGUGGGGGGAAUCAAAAUGCUUUGAAAAAUUAUUUACAAAUACAAUAUUUAAAAGUUGUGAUUAUAAGUAUUCACACUUCUUGUGUUUCUGUGAAUCCCCUAAAUUAGGUCUGGUGCAUCCUGUUACCAGAAGUGAUAUAAUUAGUUGAAUGGAGUUCACAUGUACGCAAUUAAAGUGUCAUGUGUCUUGAGAUUUCUAUAAAUACACCUGUUUCUGGAAGGCCCCAGAGUUUUUAGAGAAAAAAAACAGCAUCAUGAGGAUAAGUCUGGACAGAAUUCUGGAAAAUUAUCAAUCAGGGUUCGGUUAUUAAAAAAAUGAAAUCCCAUGAUGGAAAAUGGAAAGUGAAAAUUCCAUUAAAAAAUGGAAAGAAUAUGGCACAAUCAUGACUCUGCCUAGAGGAGCCAGGUAAGAGGGCAUUAAUCCAAGAAGCAACAAAGAGGCUAACAGGAGUGAAUAAAUAUCCAGUCACAACUUUUAUGUUUUUUUAUUUGUAAGUAAUUUUGCUAUAUAUAUUGAUUUUUCCUCCCACUUUAAUAUUAUUGGCUAUUUUGUGUAGAUUUGUGUCAAUAUCCCAAUAAAGUCCAUUUCAAGACUUCCAGGUUGUAACACUACAGAAUGUUAAAGGGGGUGGAUAUUUAUGCAAGCCACUGUAUUAACUCUAUUUGAAUGUGAACUUCUAGCACUGAAAUGUGUUUCUAGGUCAGUGAACAUGACACUGAUUUCACCCAGCAGUAAGGAAAUGCAGGGAUGGUUACAUAACACUGUGCUAUGGCUGUAGUAAUGUCUGUUAGACUUAAAUGUUUAAUCCACAAGCCAGUAUUUGGUAGGUGACCCAUCUUAUAGAAUCAUCCAGUCAUGGUUUGUAAUUAUCCUGAGGUACUGUUCCUUGUCAGACACACCCUCAUAGUAACACAUGUCUAUAAAACUGUGAAGCACAAAUAACAGGCUGUGCAGCCAUUUGGUAUUGAGAGUUUGUUCUCACACACACUAACAAGCAUUAAAUAUGUGCUAUUUAAAAAACAUGUCAGAAAAGCCACAUUGCUACCAUGUGAGUGUGCGUGUGUAUGUGUACGAAAAACUCAUAUAAAUCUUUUAGGGAUGCUUCCUAUACAUAUGCAGAUCUGACUUGUGAUCUGAAAAGGUGUGUGUUUUCCAUGUGUAAUGACUGUAAAAUGAGGUGUGUCUUUCCAGUGCUGUGUCAACAUCAUUGUUUAUCUAAUACUUCACACCAGCCUACAUGUCGCUCAUGCGUUGGUGGGUUUGCUGAAGAAACAGAAGCUGGGCCAAGCCUGCAUUCCUAAGCCAUACUUAUACACACUUGACACAUUAAAUACCUACCUUUGCCCUCCCCUCCAAUAAAACACCAAACAAAGACACCUCCCUGUGUAAGUACGAGGUGAUCUCCAACUGUCCUUGGAGACGAGUACUAAAUCAGCAGGAAAUGGCCGUGUCAGGUUUGCUGGUUUUUCGUGUACUGCUGUGGAGAGAUGACCCUCGCCCUACCGUUGUUUUAGUUUGCUGGUAGAUGAGUGGAAGUGUCAAAAACCUGAUUUGGUUGCAUGAGGGUUGACAGCAAAAGAUCAUCUCGAAACAGCCGGAUCCUAGUGCAAACAUCACGUGUUCUGUAAGGUUUGUGUAUCGCGAUGGCGUAUGAACCAGACUGAUCCUUAUUUGCUAUGGACCAGCAGCACGAUUCAUUCAACAGCCACUCUAACCACUGCAACUCGGCCAAUGCCAUGGCGAACUCCCUCGCUGGCAUGACCGUCAACGACCGUCACCAUGGGGAGCAGUUGGAGAAUGGCGUCAGUCCAAUGAAAGAGGUGUCCCAGGAAGCUUCAGUAAAACUGACAGAAGAUGAGCUAAUAUCAGAUACUGAGAUCUCUAAAGUAGAGAGCGCCCCCUCUGAGGAACAGGUCAAUGAAGAGCCAGCAUUAGCACAAGAGUUUCCUCAGGAUGAGACCGCCUCCCUUAAUGAGGAGGAGGAAUGUGAGGGGUUGGUGGAUUCUGCAGAAGCACAAAGAGAAGCUCCGCCAGCAUCUGCUCCUGCUGAUUCAAAUGGGCAGAGUGGAGGACCCACAGGUACAUCUCCAACAGAUGUAGCAGCUGACUUCGCUUCAGGGGGUUAUAAUGAAGAUUGGCAAGACCUGAGUCGAGGCUUCAUAGACCAGAGUAUACCAGAAGAAGAAGAAGAAGAACAUUUUCUGAUGGCCAGCUGGAGUGGCCCGUCUAAGCAUCUGCACCACCGACCGGUCAGUCCUGAUCGCACCAGAAGCCUGUCCCUGGAGAACGACCUUCCAGUCUCCUUCUUAAUCCGCAGUGCAGCCCUGGAAGAUCUCACAGCUGUUGGGGACAAGAUCAGAGAAAGUGAGGGUGUCUCGGUUUCCGAAGAGUUUCUCCAACAAGGGCCCUGCAUUGACUCCACUGAGAGAGGUCAUGAUGAUGGAGAACAAACCGUGAUGAAUCAACAAAAGAUGACACAAUUUGGAGAUAAAGAUAUACCCAGUAUGGGCAUCUUGCAUUGUUCCAAUGGCGACUUAUCAGUGGAUCCGAGCUGUGAAUAUAUCCAAGGAAGUACUACACCGCAGCAGGACUUUGUCAGUACUACACUACUACCACAAGGACACAUACAGAGUCUGAAUUCAGUGUCAGUGAGAGACUCUUACUUGGUACCGGACGAAGGUGAUCACAGUGAUUUAGUUGAAGACCAGAGCACUCAAUUGGCACAUUACCCUGGAAGCCUAGAGACAGAAGGAAAUGAAGUUAUUCCUCCUUUGAACGACUCACCCAGUUCUCCAGUCACUUCCUAUGGCUCACCAUCUAGAAAAUCUCGUGUACCCGUAUCUCAGUUCAAAGCUCAAGCCAAGACUGACAAUGACACUGAGAAACGGACACUCAAAGCACCUCCUGCCAAAGCUAGACUAUCCUCCCUAAAAAGACCCUCCAACACUGUGAAAAAAUCCUCAGCUUCCUCUAGCUCUCCCUCAGCACCUACAAGUGCUUUACGAACAGGGACUGGGCCAAGGGCUCCAGGAAGUAGGCCUUACGCUGCUGGCACAAAGAUCCCAGCAAUGACCCCUCCUCAGUCAGUGAAAGUGGAUCCAAAGAAACCAGUGAAAAAUGGAAAAGAUUCUCCUAAGACCCCUGAGGCAAGUGGCCAAAGUAGUCCUGGCACCCCUAAGUCACCUUCCAGCAAGUCUCUAGGUGGUAAAACCCCAGCAGGAAAGGAGAUAAAGAAGGUGGCAGUGAUCCGCUCCACCCCCAAAUCUCCUGGCUCCCUGAAGAACCGUUCUCCAGCCCCUCUGGCUGCUGUGCCCCUGCCUGACCUGAAGAACGUGCGCUCCAAAGUUGGCUCCACUGACAACAUCAAACACCAGCCUGGAGGAGGCCAGGUCCAAAUUCUUGAUCAGAAGCUGGACUUUAAUAGUGUUAAGUCUAAGUGUGGCUCCAAAGACAAUAUCAAACAUGUACCCGGAGGUGGCAAUGUCAGGAUUCUUGAUAAGAAGGUGGACUUCAGCAGUGUCCAAGCUCGAUGUGGUUCUAAAGACAACAUUAAGCACAUUCCGGGAGGAGGCAAGGUCCAAAUUCUUGAUCAGAAGCUGGAUUUGUCUAAUAUUCAGUCUAAGUGCGGCUCCAAAGACAAUAUCAAGCAUGUACCUGGAGGGGGCAAAAUUCAGAUUCUAGAUCAGAAGUUGGACUUAAGUAAUGUGCAGGCUAGGUGUGGCUCCAAAGACAAUAUCAAACACACACCCGGAGGUGGCAAAGUCCAGAUUGUUCACAAAAAGUUAGACUUGAGCAAUGUGCAGGCAAAAUGUGGUUCAAAAGACAAUAUCCACCACAAGCCAGGAGGUGGAAACAUUGAGAUCAGAUCUGAGAAAUUGGAAUUCAAGGCGCAGUCAAAGAUCAGAUCUCUAGACAACAUUGGCCAUGUGGCUGGAGGCGGUCAGAAGAGGAUUGAGACACAUAAGCUGAUGUUCCGCGAGCAAGCGAAGGCGCGGACUGACCAUGGCGCUGAGAUCGUCUCUCUGGAAGAGUCUCCCCAGCAGCUCAGCACUGUUUCCUCCUCUGGCAGCAUCAACAUGGCUGACCCACCUCAGCUCGCCACCCUCGCAGAUGAGGUGAGCGCCUCGUUGGCCAAGCAGGGCUUGUGAUCUCUCCCCACGUCCUCUCUCCUCAGUCCAAACCCCACCUGUUAAAGUCACUUACGGACAUACGAAAGUCUUCAUCUCCCCCAUUCCUUUGCUGACAAGGAUCCCAUAUCAGGAGCCCUCGCUAUCUCUGUUAAAGUUUUGCAAAGUCAUUUGUAUUAGGCCUUACCAUGUCCCGAGCAUCAGUUGCCAAUGACUGCAAAAAGUGUCUCUUUAGCUGCACCUCUUACAUUCAAUGAUUUCAUUCUUUUCCUUUGACCUAACAGUCCCAUUUUCUAAAGCUUUUUUUUAAAUUAUUUGAUUGGUCCCAACUUCACAAAAUUGGAAAAAUAUUGGAUUUGGACAGUCUGGAAAGAAUGGAAAGAUCAGGACAAAUUUUCUCUUGCUUUGGUGUUAAGUGAAAAUUGUAUAUGGAAGGUCUCACAUUAAAUUGGUUCCCAGAAGUGUAAAGUCUUCAUAGAAUUGAUACAUGAAGCAAGAAUUAAAAUAGUAGCGUAUUGAAACAGGGUAUUACAGUGAUAGGAAUGUGUUUUACUUCAAGAAAAAGCCAAAGGCUUUUAAUAUCCCUCCAAACUUCCAUCUAACAUUAGGUUGCAGUUCAUCAUAAAAGGGGAUUGUAUCAAAAAUAACUAAACAGGAUUUAUGAGAUAUUUCUGAAAAUCGACUGAGAUUUGGCAAGCUUCUUGUAAAUGAAAUGUUGUUUGUCAGGCACUUUCUUACAGUAUUAUUCUGUGGAUAUCAGAUGUAUUUGAUAUGGAAAAAAGUGUUGAGCCUGCUGGCAGUCUUAAGUUUUUUUUUGUUUUUUUUUUUUAGUGCUACAUUGUACGUAGAUGCCUCUCCUAUUUAACUUCUUCACUGUUUGCAGCAGUGUAGCUUUGGUGAUAAUAAUUCACUCACAUUUAUAUUCCUGAAUGCUAACAUUAAGCAUUUUCACCUUCGCCCAAUGUCGAAAAUUGAGGUUAUUAGUAUUGACCAUUUUGUACACAAUAUGUAUCUGAUUUGACAAAAAAAAUCUGAUAAUUUUUUGAACCAUGUUUAUCAUUACAGUAAUGAAUAAGCUGCUGUUGGUGAUUUAGAACUGUGUGCUUUGGUGAUAAUUCAGUCAUAGGGAAGAUUUUAAGUUCAAAUGCUUCAUGAAAUUGGAAUACAUACAAAGAGUGUAUCUGUAACCCAGAAGUGUUUUGUACCCAUUUUGUGCUUCGUUCAUGCCCAAACUCUUGUACUGUGAAAAGUUGAAAAGUUGGUCAUUGAACUAUCAGCAAAACAUUAAUUUCCACACUGAUCUGUCAUCACAUUUUAUACAUUCACUGUCAACAUAGUGUUCUUGUAUUGUCCUUCAAACCCCAGUUGAAUUGCAUGGAAGGCACAUUGUGUACACUCCCGUUUUAAACAAACUCCAGUUUUUUAAGGGCACACAGUGAUUUGAUUUCUACAAACUCAAGCUUCCAACCAAUGACACUGCUAAAAUACUCCCUUAGUAGCCUAGACUGCGUUGUCACAGCACGCCCAUCUAGCUUCAAAAUGUCUAUCUAUGCUCCUUGCAUGCCUCUGCAUCACCUCCAAUUUUGAACACCAUUCUUUUUACUGUAUAUUCUGUAAUCUGGAUUGUGCUUUAUUCUGCGGCGUAUAGUAGUAGAAGGGAAUAUACUAUCCAAAAGAUGACCCCCCUUUCUUUAUGAUGGAGGAGGAGCUGUAUAGAUAGCGUUAGUUAUAUGAUGUAUGUGUAUUAACGUUUAUGAUUCAUCUAUUUGCCAAGGAAUACGAGUGCUGAAAAAAAAUAGCAGAGCAGUUCAGCGGUUGUUGCUCGCACCAUGAUAAUGCAUGCAUGCAAGUUAUCUGGUCUUUUAUGUUUUUUUUGUUUGUUUUCUAUGGAUCGGCAAUGUGUUUUCUGAAUGUUCUUGGAUGGGGUUUGUAUACUGUAUGUGGUAUGUGGGCUACUGGAAGUUUUGCCUUGAGUGAAAGAAGUUGUGUUCCAUGUACAAGAGUGGGUCAAGGGAAAGGUACUGUGAUCCAGAUGUGACCUUGUGAAGAGGGAAGGCUACCACUCUGAGCGUCAGGUCUUGUUGCACACUGCAAGCUUGAGCUGGUGGGUUUGCCAUCCCGCUGUCAUUGACACCAUUCACCUAAUUCUGCGCUUGUACAUUUUAGCUUGAAAAAUGUGAUUGUCAAUAUUGUUCUUGUGUGUUUUAAUAAUAACUGAUUCUUGUUAAUGUACAUGUGAAUUUGGAAAUAAAGGCUAUAAAGAAUAA